AUGGCUGAUGCUGCUGUUAGUGCUACUAUUCGGGUUGCAUUGCAGACGGUUGUUUCCCUUGCCGCUGAUCAGGUUAGUCUGGUCCGUGAAUUCCCACGGGAGCUGGAGAGACUCAACAGAUCUGCUGAAAUGAUCCGAGGCUUCUUGGCCGGUGCUGAUGAGGAAAUGCAUAGCCACGAUCCGAAGCUUGUUGGGGUGCAAAAUUGGCUCAAGCAGCUGGAAGAAGAGGUUUUCAAAGCUGACAAUGUGCUGGACGAGCUCAACUAUGAAAAUCUUCGUCGGAAGGUGAAGUAUCAAAAUCAACUCACGAAAAAGAAGGUACUCUUCUGCUUUUCAUUCUUUAAUAAAAUUGGUUUUCGUUCGAGGUUGGCUUCAACGAUCAGGGAGAUCAACACGAACCUUGAGAGGAUCCAUAGGGAUGCCGAAGGUUUGGGACUGGCCUACAAGCGCCCCGUUGAAGAACCAUUCGCUACUAUUGCUGCUGGAGCCACAACAAGCCCACAGACCGACUCUAAGAUUGUUCGAAGUGAUGUCCUAGGAAGAGACGAGGAUGAAUCAGAAAUAGUUAAGAAGUUGUUGACCGAAUCUGAAAGUGAUCGUAUUUCAGUUAUUUCCAUAACCGGCCCGCCAGGAUUAGGAAAAACAACUCUAGCUAAAGCCGUUUUCAACACUCCACAGUUUGAUAAUCAUUUUGACAAAAAAAUUUGGGUUUGUGUGGCUAAACCAGUUGAAAUCAUGGAGCUCUUCAAAAUGAUUCUAAAAUCGUCAACAGGAAAAAAGGCUGAAGUGGAUAUUAGGCAAGUAAUAGUUGACGGAAUUGAAACUGAACUUAAGGAAAAAAGAUAUUUGCUUGUUCUUGACGAUUUGUGGAAUGAUCAAGAAGGAUUGUUGGAUGACUUUUUCACCACAUUGAAGGCACUCAAACCGAAGAAAGGGAGCUGGUGUCUUGUUACCACUCGUCUGCAAGAAGUGGCAACUAUUCUAUCUAGACAUCCGCAGAUCAAUUUGACACGCCAUGAGCUGGGAAAGCUAUGCGAUAAUGAUUGCUGGUCUAUCAUGAAAAAAUGGGCAAAUGUAGGGGAAGAAGUACCAAAAGAAUUGGAAGGCAUGACGCGCCAAGUUUUAAGAAGAUGUGACGGUCUACCUCUGGCAGCAAAGUUAAUUGGAGGUUUGUUAUCUAAAAAAAGAAAAGAGGAGUGGCUGUCUAUUUUGGAGGAGAGUCUGUUGCAUGGAGAUCAGGGUGGGAUCGAGCAAAUAAUUAAGGUGAGUUUUGAUCAUCUCUCACCUGCACCGGUUAAGAAAUGUUUUGCAUAUUGCUCAAUUUUUUAUCAAGAUACUGAAUUGGAACAAGAUCCACUAGUUGAACUUUGGAUGGCUGAAGGCUUUCUUCAACCGGAUUCCCGAAAUGAAAGAAUGAUGGAGAAAAUAGGAUGUGAGUAUUUGAGAAUUUUGCUGCAAACUUCCUUAUUGGAAGAAGUAAAAGAGGAGAGGAGAAUAUGGUAUAAAAUGCAUGACCUUGUGCAUGAUUUUGCAAAAUCAGUUUUGAAUCGUAGCAGCAGCAAUCAGGACCGUUACCUUGCGAUAUGCUCAUCCGAAAGAAUGGUAGAAACCAUCAAUGAAAAAACAUCAGCAUCACUUCGCACAUUAUUUCUGGGGGGUGGCAUAGCUGAUGAUAUGUUAUCAAAGUUCAAAUACUUGCAUGUCCUAAAAUUGUUUGGAGCAGAUGCCAAAGAGUUGCCGACCUCCAUUGGCAAACUAAUACAUUUACACUUACUUGACAUUUCAGGUUCUAUGAUUAGAACUGUGCCAAAAUCUCUUUGCAAACUUUAUAGUUUGCAAACACUGAGAAUUGACAUGCUUGAAGAAGGUUUGCCAAAGAAGAUGAGCAAUUUGAUUAGCAUGAGACAUCUUCACUAUUAUGAUCAUGCAGGGCGGAAAAUCCAAAUGCCAUCCAGGAUUGGACGAUUGACUUGUCUUCAAACGUUAGAGUUCUUUAACAUAGGUCGUCAAGAGGAUGGACGUGGUAUCCAAGAACUUGGAACCUUGCAAGAUCUUAAAGGCACCUUGGAGAUUAGAAAUCUUGAAUUGGUAAAUGGCAAAGAUGAUGCUGAACUAGCGAACCUAUCUCAAAGGCCAAAUAUGUAUCGGUUGGUAUUUGAGUGGGGCAAUAGGGAUCGAGAAAGUGAUAAUUGUGAUGAAGAUGUGUUGGAAGGCCUCCAACCUCACCCAAAUUUAAAAGAGUUACAAAUUUUGAAGUUCAUGGGUGAUCAGUUUCCAAAAUGGUUCAUGAAUUUGACAUUGACAUCACUGGUGGAUUUGCGGGUGGCGGAUUGCACAAGAUGCAGAAAACUCCCUGCACUAGGACAGCUACCAUUCCUCAAGCGCCUCUAUCUGACUGGAUUGGAAAACACAACAUGCAUUGGGCUUUCAUUCUACAGUACAAGUGCUGAGGAGGACGGCGGAUCAGGAGGUUUAAGCACUAUUAGCAGACAAACAUUCUUUCCAGCCCUUAAAAAACUCUCUCUUGAAAGCAUGAAAAAUUUGGAAGAGUGGAAGGACGCACACGAAAUGAUGUCAACCGCAGGUGAAGUACAUGUGAUGGAUGUGUUUCCCGUGCUGGAAAAGUUGCAUAUUAGUGAUUGCCCCAAGCUGGCCACCAUUCCAACUCCAGGUCGUUUCCCAAGUCUUGACGUAUUGGAAAUCAAAAAGAGUUGCCAUGUUUUGCUGGCAGAAAAGGUUUUGAGCAAUAUAGCCAAUCUCUCGUCCCUUGAAUUAAGCGGUGGUGGUCGUCAACGCGUUGAGUCUCUAAAUUUUGUGAAACGACCAGAGAGCAGCUUGAGUAUUUAUGGUUGUGACAGUCUACCUACUGACAUGCUUGAGCGACUCUGUCUUUUUCCAACUCUUCAGCGUGUAGAAUUGAAAUUAGCCAAUAAUAUAACAACAUUAAGAGGAAUGAGUUGCGCCGCUUGUCUUGAGAGAUUGACAGUCGAUUUUUGUGGCAAUUUACGGGAGUUGCCAGAAGAUCUUUAUCAAUUUCAAGCUUUAGAGCACUUGGAGAUAUCCAAGUGCCCGAGAAUUGAUUCAUUUGGAUAUCCAAAUCCUAAAAUUUCAUUUGGACAGAAAGGCCUCCUUAAGUCUCUUGAGCAAUUUACUGUUGGUUGGUGCGAUGCAUUAACAAGAUUACCAGUGGAGAUGUUCGAGUCGUGUACGUCUCUCCGAGAGUUGAGUUUGUUCAAUUGCAGCAAUCUGGUCUCCUUUCCCCUUGAUUUGCAACGAACCCCUUCUCUCGAGAGCUUCUCGUUAUACUGGUGUUCCAACUUGAUUACUGAGAUGCCUAGUGGAUUUCUCUAUCUUACCAGCUUAAGGAAAGUGAAGAUUGGUCCCUUCUCAGAUGACUCUGCAAUCGAAUUUGAUUGGGCUGGGUUAGCAUCUUUAUCAACACUCCGACACGUGUCUUUCUGUGGAAUGCCUGACACGAAAUCUCUGCCACAUCAGCUUCAAUGCUUGAGUGCCAUCACAUCACUAUCUCUAAGUUUCUUCGGAGCAAUCGAAGCCUUACCAGAUUGGCUUGGGAACCUUGCAUCUCUUGAAUACCUACACCUGUGGGAUUUCCCAGAGCUUGAAUAUUUACCCUCCAUAGCUGCCAUGGAACGCCUCAAAUUAAGACGUCUGGAAAUUCGUUUUUGUCCUCUAUUAACCGAAAGAUGCACUCCUCAAAGCGGCUCCGACUCCGAGUGGCCCAAGAUCUCUAAUAUUCCAGAGCUUGAAAUUCUUUAA